AUGACACGACCGUCCGCCAGAAAACUUCCUCGUUGUUACUCGUAUUUUCUUGUCAUCGUACUUCUGUUUCAAUUCAUACAUUCGACUCAAUCGCUUGCUCUAAGUAGCCUUUGUGGACAAUUUGGUCAUUCCUGUUUUGGUGGUAAUUGGGGUAAGCGCGAAGCAUCAACAUCUACCGUCAAAACAGACUUACUUCAAGCGAAUUUGGACGAUCUGGAUGGCGGAACGGAACUUACAGCUACUGCUAAUGAAGACGUGUUGAUCAAAAAUUUACUUUUAGAAGAAAUUCGCUUGAGUCUGCUUCGUCAACGACUACGUCAUUUACUCAAAUUGGAAUAA